AUGGCACGUAUCGAACUCGACACUGAGGAAAUAAAGGCAUUGAUCGACAUCCUACAAAAGCUGGUGCCACUCAUAUCCAAACAAAUAGCAUGUGGCAGAGACCAGGUAACAAACUUGGCUGUGUUGAAUGCCAGAGACGCCAUGAGCUUUGAGCUGGACCAGGUGUUUCUCCAUCUACGCAGAGGUCAGGAAAUGUGCCUAGAGGAUUACACGCAAUUUCUGAGAGACUUCCGGAAGCUCAAAAUAUUACUUGAGGGGCUUAUCGACGAGCAGGUGUUGGGUUCAGAUUAUUCGUGUGGGCAACCGUCAUCCAUUGAACAAACGCGGGAGGCUUCAGACACGGAUGAGUUCCCGAGACUCAACGCGUUGAUGAGACGUGCCACCGAUGAAUCGGAUGGCUCGGAUCUAUCCCACUUCAUCAAGCUCCCAGACACCAACAAAGGCUCACGUGAAGCAGAGUGCACAGUCACCCAGUUCAACACAAAUAACUCGAAGAGAUGCGCACAAAAAGGCGCGGAUUGCCAGGAGAGUGGGAUUGAUUAUACCGCCACCGGACAAGAUGGGUGUUAUCAGCCAAAAUCUAGCUUGGCGACUAACGGAAAGUCCAUGGCAACAUCCCACGAACCCUUACGGACGCUGGUCACAACUCUAUCGCAGACUAUCGGGGCCAAAGGCUGCAAGCAUCAGCAUGUUGCGAAGAUCCAGGUUCGGGAGCCCACAUGGAGUGCUGAAGUCUCGGAAGGUCUUGAUCAUAACUUGUUUCUCUCGUGCUCCUCGGUCGAAGGCAAGUGGCAGCAGACUACUUGCAGGGUUGUUGCAAAACUACCACCUGAAGAGCCUCCAUUGAAGAUGAUGAAGCAUACUUGCAAAACAAUCCAAGACCGCCUCGAUGGUGAAGAGACCCUCGUUGUUUUCCUGCACAGAGAUGGCAUCGUAUGGAAUCCCGAUUCCUCGACAAUCAUCCAGUGUCCCCCCAUCUGGCCGACUCUUUCGUUGGCUGAGAUACUCCAAUUAGGCCCCGAUCCUCUCAGGCCAUACGACAAGGUGAUUCUAGCAUUAAACCUAGGCCGAAUGCUACUCCGAACAUACGACACAGGGAUGGACGGCUGCGCUUGGUCAGCCGAGGAUCUAUUCUUUCUCUUCGAGUCUUGCCAGCAAACUGCUCACGAGAUAUACAACCCAUACCUGAGCUACUCGCUCACGGGUCAUGGCAAAACUAUCGGAACUACGUCACCCAGGAAAUUCCCCAUCUUGGUUGCUUUCGCCAAAUUACUCUUGGAGAUUGCGUGUGGCAAAAUUUUGGGGCCGUUCGUGCGUCGCCCAGACCGACCAGAGAUCUCGUUACUCGCUGAGCUAAAGAAAGGCAGCGUGGCUGAGGAGGUUGUAGCAGAAUAUGUGCGUGCGAUCGAAAAAUGUCUCCGAGCGAACAGAGAAGACGGCGAUGAUGCGAAAAGUGAAGAAGACCAGUGCCGAGCAGUCAUCAGAGACGCCGUUGCAGACCUUGAAGAGGCUUGGAGUACCGCCUAUGCAACCAAGGGUGACCCCAACCAACCAAAGGAGCUCAAGGUUCCUCGAGGAGUGCUCAAGAGGAAGGCAUCCAAUACCCAAAACAGUCCUGCGAAAAGGAACGGCUCAGUCAAAGUGGUGCGAGAACAGCUCUCUUUACCGACGGGAUACCAAACUACUUCCUCGCCUAAUGGCUUAUUUGAUGUCACAAGACUAAAAAUACUCGGAGACUGUGUAGAUUCACGUUGUGGCUGGGCAAAGACUUUCCUCGAACGGGCUGAGAGCUUCUACAACAAGCAUAUUCACCACCUACCUAUCAAAAAUCGCAUCCGCGUUGCUAUCCUCGACACGGGUAUUGAUGACACAAAGGUGUUUUUCAGAGCGGCAAAAAAAAACAGGACAAAAAGAGAUAGUCCGGUUAUGGACCAGAAAUCCUUUCUAGCUGGCAUUUCUGUUACCGACACCGACGGACACGGGACGAACGUGGCCGCUAUUGUAUUGAAGAUGGCACCCGAGGCCGACUUGUACGUGGCCAAGAUCUCAAAAGGUCAUGAAGUCGAUGGAACGCAUCACAUAGCCGAUGCCAUUGAUUGGGCCAUAGCACAAGACGUUCAUAUCAUCAACAUGUCCUUUGGAUUGUCCAGCCCCAACUGGAACAUCAAAGCGGCUAUCAGACGCGCCGAGUCCCUGGGAAUAAUCUGCACUGCAGCAGCAUCGAACUACGGCAGCAACCAAGCGAGAUCUUUCCCAGCAAAGCUUGAUCAAGUGCUCUGCAUCCACGCGGGGGAUGGGAACGGUAACAAGAGUGGGCUCAAUCCCACUCCAUUGCCCUGGAGGGACAACCUCAGCACCCUAGGCGUGUGCAUUCCGUCCGUGUGGGAAGAUGAAGAUGAAGGUGAUCAUUAUAUUUCAGGCACCUCUUAUGCAGCUCCUGUGGCUGCAGGAAUCGCGGCCAAUGUUCUCAGGGACGCCCAUAGCUGCUCAGGGAUGAGACACAUCAUGCUGGCAAUGUGUGAGCCACAGCACCGGGACGGAUACUGGUUUGUGAUACCAUGGCGAAGGAUCUGGAGCGAAGACUCAACUGAGUCGGAUGUUGUCAGUAAGAUGAAGGAGGCGUUGAAGAAUGUGUAG